UAUUAAUUAAUAAUCAACUAUCCAAGAAAAGGGGCAGUGGCGACAACUGUAUGUUCCUCCUUGUAUCUACAUUAUCCAUAAUCAUGAAAACUAUAGAGGCUCGAGUUUCCUCUUCACAUCAUGCAACUAAGUUUCCUCAUAGAUAUUAUGAUAAAAACAUCACACGAUUUAGCUAGAGGUAAGCAUAAAUUAAUUGACGUAUUUUGUUUGGAAAUGAAGUGAUAACACCUAAAUAGGUGUUAUUUAGCCCUUAUUCUCGAGGCUUUUGCAUUAUGCAUCACCGUGUCUAGGCCACAUAUCAAGCUAGUUUAGACCUAUUUUCGUUCCUAUCCAUAAGACAUCAAUUUUGGCAUGGGUUAUCUUGAUAUGAAGGUUUCCAAGGGGAAAUACACCCCGCUUUGUCGGAUUUUAUGCUUUCUUGGUGUUUGUGAUGAAAUUCUAGGUCUUAUAUUCAUUUACAAUCUAUCGGGACUCGAUUUGAAAUUAAUUAGGGAAUGUUUGCAUUGCAUAGGAGCAAAAAGGGGAUAAAUAACACAAGUUAUGGGCAUGGCACGGCCUUGACCAGGGAGUGACCAUGUUCAGUGCCGUGAACAGUAGCCACGAACUCAGCAAGCAGCCAACAAAAGGGCAGAAAGUUUUGACACUCGACGGGCGGCCAAGGGGAUUUUUCAACCUCGAAAAAUAUCGCGAAACAAACAUAAAGAUCUAGAAUGUGAUCUCAUGAUGAAGGUUGCGAUCUCGACAUUUGAAGAUGAUAACACGACACAGAGUUUCGGGUGAUUCAACACCAUUUUGGCCAGAUCAGGACCAGGUCAAAGGCAUGAUGAGGCCAUGAUUUGCACUAUAAAUAGUACGAAUACCUCCUUUUCUACACUAGAGUGAGAAAUUAGGGUUCUUGGGUAAUUUUAAGAGAGAGUAACACCUUGAGAGGGCUUGGGAAAGGUCAAAUCCAUACAAGGAUCAAGGAGAAGGUGCAAUCCAAGGAGAAGAAGAUGAUUCCCAACAUUUCCCACUCUUAGUUUGUAUUUCCUUUCUCUCUCUAUGAUUUGAAUCCCUAUGGUUGUUUAGAGGAUAUGAACCUUAGCUUAUACUUUGUGUAUGUGAUAAUUUCCCAAGCUCGUGAAAGCCUAGGUCCUUUGAUCAAAGUCACGCAACAACAACUCAAGCUUGGAUAGUUCUAAUUGACCUUUAAACAAACAUAAAUAUAAAGGGAUACGUGGGGAUAGAUACUCGCCACAAUCAAAUGUGAUCGUUUGAUUGAUAAGAGUCUUGCCAAGCUCUUCUGGAUUCUUCAACAGAAAAACUCAAACUAGGAUCUUGCACUAGCUAUGGAAUCCAUCAAUAGCUAAAACAAUAAAGCAUAAGCACAACAGUUCCAUGGGGAAAAACACACCUCGAUGUAAAAUUCUUAUUCAUCAAAGUCUAACCCUAAAAUUCGUGUCUUAAGCCCUUUAUAUAUCAUAGGGCAAAUAAAAAUAACCAAAACCAGAAAAGAAACAAAAACCUAAACCGAAAAGGAAGGCCGAACUUGGCCAGCCCGAAACCCGGUCAAAAUCCAAGGUUAGGAAUUUGACAACACCGGUCGGGGGUUAUUUUGUUGGAAUUAUUCGGUCACAUUACUUGAUUCCCCAGGCAUGGAAUUUGAUGAUGCUGGUCGGAGGUCUCCGCUGUGCGGACUCACAUCAGUAUGGGUCAUAUGUUAUCAUGGUUAUAAACCAAUUUAUCUAUGCCUGUUGAUGUUUGUGCAUGAUAAUCUCCUGCUUUAUUGUGAUUGAUUUGUUCAUAACCUAAGUGAGAUUUCCAUCGCCUUAGGUCAAGAUUAUCAUAGACAUCAAUUAGUGUGGGAUUGUCUGUAUCGCAUUUGCCUUAGUUGCAACUUGCAACCUAGAUAUUAGCGGAAUUCAUUGUCUUGCAUAUGAAUUUAUGGUAUAAUUGGGUUUAAAUAGGAUGAUUAACGCUUAUAAUUAGGAUUUAGAUGAGUGUAAAUGUUUCUUACCUCGAUUGGAUGACCUAGAGGCCUAGCUAGAGGCCGAGGUGACAAUCCCCUUCUAAUUAGAUUCUCACCUAAUUGAUGUUUGCCAGGUAAGUGCGUGACCAAUGGUUUACCUGAAUUGUGUGCGGACUGGUACAACCCGUUUGGAGGAGGUAGAACCUGUCCCUAGUUAGGUAGACCGUUUUAGGUGACAUUGGGUUGGUGGUCUAGCUAAGAGAGGGGUUGAUUGCACGACCAUUGAGUCUAUUCUCACCUUCAUGACCUCCAUAGCUCAAAGUAUUGUUAAAUUGUAGCCCGUAUCAACCUAUAACUAGUGGGAGUCAACCCUAGACAAAAAUCUCAUCCCUAGCGGUCUCCCAGCCACUUAGUUGGUUGUUUGUUUUGUUUUAGUUAGGUUAGGUUAGUUAAUUCACCCAAUUUUCUGAUUUUAUAUAUAUAUUAGUUUGGUGUGAAGUAAAAGUAACCAUAAGGAUCCCCUGGAAUACGACAGAGCUGCUAUACUACAAGCCUAGCAUCAGUAUACUUGUUGUUGUUAGGGUUAGAGUAAGUGUGCUUCAACUUUAGAAAUUUAAAGCUCGACCCGCCUGCGUGUCAUGUUAUUGACACCAUUGCUGGCGAAACAAUGGUAACUAGUUGAAAGAGUUAGGUUGUUAAUUUGUCUUACUUUCUUUCUUAUAUUAUUAGUAGUAAUAGUAUUUCAUAGUAAUAUACUUAAGCGUUAUUUUGUUUCUUUUGCUCUCUUUCUUUGCUUUGUUUUUCUCCAACCUUUGUCUUUGAAGGUGUUUUUGUUUUUUAUUUGGUGUAGAUUGAAUCAUGGAUCCAUAUGGCUUCUCCAACACAUGGGAAUAUCAAUCAACAGCCGAAUGCAGCCACCCCCGAAGCUUCAUCAAGAAAUCAAGAAGUUGGAAGCCAAGAAUAUGGGCUCGAUGAGGUGGCAAAGCUAGUAGAGAUUGUUGAGAAAGCAUGUGCACAACUUUCUCACAAUCCUCUCUUAGCAUUUGAAGAGAGGAUGGAAUUCGAUGAUGCGAGCCAUGAGGACUUUGAGGAACAAGAAGAACUCAUCUUGGAGAGCUAUCGGGAUGAGUAUGAACAAGAAGUACCUCAUUUGGAAUCUCACACCUUUGCUUAUCAUACGACCAACUUUGAAGACCAAGUCAUGAGGGUGGUGGAGCAAGAUGACCCUUUCAACUACCUUGCAUGGUGUCUUUCCCUCCAAUUUGUGAUUGAAGAAAGGAUGGGAAUGUGAGAAAAGGGGUUGAGGAGGAGGAAGUGAGCAUUGAAGAAGAGGAAGAUCUUGGUUGUUCCCAAGGGUUAGACCAAAUUUUAUAAGAAGGAAGGGAGGUUGAAGAUGCAAAUGGUGUCCAAGAUAAGGACAAGGUUGAGAUGGAUAUAGCUUCCACAAGUUACACGUGCUACCAAAGUUUUCCAUCCGGCCCUAUUACACUUUUAGAGAAGGACCCUUUUGUAGUUUCUCUUAGCCAAGCCAAGGCCACACCAUCAUCAAUUCCUCUUGGUGGAUUCAAUAGUGGUCAAUCAAGGUUGCAUUACAUGGUAUGGUGCAAAGAGAACAAUGAAGAAGGCAAGAAGAACAGGUCUCGUGGGUGGAGACUAAAUUCUCACCAAGUCCAAGACUCAUCCACACCAUUUGAGGCAUCCAAUGCUUGAAACUUAAAACACCACCUCACCGACGAGAACCUCAAAUUCAAGGAAUUCUUAUGCUGGACCGAAUACUUGAAGUCAAUCAUUCGACGAUAAGACCUAAAAGACGCACUCGUUGGGAGGUACCCCAACAACCAGUUUUCAUUUUCUUACUCUUCAAAAAUAAAACUUGAUGAUAGAUAGUGUUUUAGGAAGUGUUUAAAGUCUUAGUAGUGAAUGAACUCUUGCCAUGUCAAGAAUUACAUGAAUGAUGGUUGGAGACAUUCAGUUGUUUGAGAAAUGGUUGCAAAUAUUGUGUUGUUGUUAAGCAUUUUUUUCUGGCCUAUGAACCUAGUUACUUAAGGCUAGGGUAUGGUAUGACUAGUACAAUAGGAUCAUAGAUUGUAUGCUUAUGUUUAUGAAUAAUGAAUGUGUAUGUGUGUUUGGAGGCCUCUGUGGGCUUUAUUUUUUAUGAAGUUUGAAUGUCGUCCACCAAGUGCUCGAUGAAAUGCCCAAACCAAAUUAAUCAUGUUCUCUUGAUCAGUUGAUUUUCAAUUGACUUGUUCGGUUAAGAGAGACCGACCCUUAGGAGCUUGUUUAGGACUUGAGAUUGAAAACCAUAAUUGUUUGUUUCAUAGAUUUCAUGAUGAAUUUUAUUAGUUAGGUUUGUAUGCAUGAAGUGAAAUUGACCUUGAUUAUCCUAAUUUGUAUGAAAAUGGAAAGAAAAUAAGAGAAGUAGACUGGUCGUAAAUGAUGAACUUCAAAGUCCAUGAUAAAUUUUAGGGUAAAUACAAUAUAGUAGUCAGAACUAUUAAGUAGCGGGGAAAUAUAGUCACAACUAUCGAAAUACAAAUUCUUAACCAUAACUAUUUUUGCGGGUCAAGAUAUGGCUAACAACCUGUUACUGUUAUUUAAUUUUUCAUGGGGACUGCCACGUCAGCAUUCAUACUAGUGUUAACGUCAGAAAAUAUUAAAAUAAUAAUAAUUUAUUUAAGUAAUCAUUAUUAUUAUUAUUAUUAUAAAAAAGGAAAUAGAAAAUCUCCUCUCACACACGUCUUUUUCCUCCUCCUCCCAUCGUUCUUCUUCCUCUGUUGCACCACUCCACUGCCACCAUAAUUGCUUCGGUUGCCCAGAAUGGGAAAGACUCCCCACAACGACGGUGCAACCCACUAAGAGACGUGGAAGACUCGCCGCAUUCCGCCCUGGCCACAUUCUUCCUUAUUGCUGGGUAACAACCGUAAUUGCGUCCCUCGCUUUGCCGCCGUCGCCAUUAACCCUAAUCGAGAAAUUGAUGAUUCCGUUCUUAGGACACUUAAUCAACUCCGUCAAUCAAAACCUAAUCGCUCGCUAUGGGCUCUCAAGAUGUCCAAGUCUCACCUCAUCAACCAUUCCAGCAUCAAUUCCAUCAUUCAAAACUUAAUCAAACUACAUGAGGGAA